UGACUAGCAAUGCUUCGUUCUGUGUGUUUCAAGAACUUUGUCAAAUUCAAAGACUAUCAGAUUUUAGACUUUUCUGAUAGUGGAGUUGUUAAUUUCAUCGGUGAAAAUGGUUCUGGUAAAAGUUCUGUUUUAGAAGGGAUUCGUCGGACAUUGAAAGCAGAACUGAGUACAUCCGUUUCGUCGUCGGUUGAUCCGAGUCGGCUGUCGUAUUUCAUUUGCAAUUUUGCUGGAGAUGCGACCGAAGAGGAAAAUGUCAUGGAUAAUGUCAUAAGUGGCAUUGUUGUUAUGCCAGAAAAAAUAGAAAAAAUCGACAGUGAAUCAGAAACUGAUGAGAGCUUAUCUGACUUUGGUACAGAUGAUCUCUUUGGCGAAACAGAAACGCAAUGUCUAGAAACGCAUAAUGAAGAAAAGAGAGAAAGUCAUGAAACACAAGAUUUGUCAAAGGAAGAGGAAAAUGUAUCUCAAACAGACACUUUGGAGAACAAUACGGGAGAGAUAUCCGAUGAAACUUUACUUAAGGCCAAUACAGAUAUGGUAAAAUCCGUAUACAAAUUUGUUAUGAGAAAGUCUGGACCUAUGCACGUCAAUUUGAUGCAAAUUACUCACUCAACUGAAGGUGGUAGUCGCAAUGAAAUCAUGCCAUUAAAUGAUAUUAGAGAUGAGGACUUCAAGGAUAAAAGGCAUAAUUUGCAUAAUUUUAUCAAUGCAGUAAUAGAGCAAAAGCGUACAGACAAGCACAUAGAAAAAUAUCUGUGUGCUGUAUUUGAUAGCAAGUAUAUACAAGAACAUAAUAAACAGAAGCAAGAGAAACAAGUAGACGAUUGUAAGACACUGUUGGAAUCUUUAUCGAGUAAAAUCGUCUUUACCUUUCCUCUACGCUCCAUUGGACCCUUACAAUGGUCUGAAAGCAAACGAAUUCACCACGACCAACGAGAAAAUAAUUACUCGGAAGCGGAAAAAAGGUGCGAAAUAAUCAAAUGUUAUUUAGAAGAUAAUGGAACUAAAUUUAACAAAGACACCGAACAAGACAUUUUCAAGACAAUAACGCAGUGUGAUGACUACAAAUUUGAGCUUAAAAACGGCCAAAUAACACUACCGAAAGGAAAGUAUGCGCUGCUCAAAACUCCGGAGGGAAUUCUCGAAGCCAAAGCGUUUUCUAUUUUAUUGUCCGGUAAAACCUAUAGAACAAUUAUCCUUGAAGAACCAGAUAGAGGAAUGCAUCCACAGUACAUUGAGCGAAUGAUGCAAGUGAUCAAUAGAUAUAAACAUAACAAACGUGUGAUUCUUACAACGCACAAUACGUCACUAAUAACACCCUGGACAUUACCAAACUGUUUCGUCUUCAAACGACAGAAUGAAAGUUAUCGUGUAAUUUCAGGCAGAGCUAUUGUCGGUGCUCCAACAAAAGACAAUGUUCGCAUGAAAAAAUUAAGAUUGAUGGCAUCAGACCAUAUUUCUGAUAUUCUAUUUGCCAAGAAAGUUCUGUUCUUUGAGGGAGAUUCAGAACUGUUGUUUCUGACAGAGUUUAGGCGUCAAAUACUGUCGGACGAACUUACCGAUAUUACAAUAUUCAGAGAUAAUGAAAUGUACAAACAGCUGAAAAGCUCACUUUUAGAAGUGUCUUUAGUUAAAAUGAAUGGUAAACGCAAUGCUAGCUUUUGUCAUGACGUUUGCAGUGAGCAUAAACUUAACUUAGGUCAUAUAAUUAUUGUUGAUCGGGAUGGAAUAAAAGAUGAAGAAGAAACGAACGAGGAAGCAGAACCUGAAGAGAACCGGAAAGAUGAAGAUGUUGAAUUGCAAACAAAAGCUAAAACCUUACAUGGAGGAAAGGAAGAAGGGCUAGAAGAGGACCAAAAUGAAUCAACCUGGACUGAAGAAAGAAAAGGGCUUGAUCAUGAGGAGGACCAAAAAAAUGAAUCAGCAUGGACUAAUGAAAGAAAAGAACUUAUGAAAAAGAAAAAUGUUUUCUUUUGGCUUCAUGGCGACAUAGAAGAUAUGGUAAUGAAAAUGUCAUCCACAACUGAAGGACUGCUCGGGAAACUUGAAAAUCAAAAUGUAUCUUUGGAUAAAAGUCUGUAUCAACGGAAAAAGAAACGACAUCAUAAGCUAUUUCUACGUAAAGGUGUUACUAUAAGUAAUAUAACAGAAGGAGUGAAAUGUAUUUUUGAACAUUGCACAACCGAUCAUGACCUUUUUCAGUUAAUUACAUACUUAAAACGCGAUAACUGGAAUACAUUUUCAGACUAAAUAUGAAAUAAAAACAAAACGACACCUGAAUUAACAGAUGUAAUGACUUUUAAUAUUCGUCAAUAUCAUCAAACAGUAUUGGUCUUUUCCACCACGAAUAAGAAAAACAUUUUCUUUUCGUAGCAGAGCGACAUAGCAUAGCAAAUAUAGUGAUAGGGAAUCGCUUUUCACAGGUAAAGUUCAGCAUGCGAAACUGAAAAAAAAAAAAAAAAUUUGAACGUCCCUCUUUAUCAACGAAAAAGAAUAUGUCAGUGGCAGUUUCUACACCAAAGUGUCUGACUACCAACUAGAGAAGCUGUUUUUAUUCAUAAUAAUAACAAGAAUGACUUUAUGUUAAGAAAAUGACAUAUUAAGAGUGCUUAGGUAUACAUACAUGUUAUUUUCAAUGUGGCCUUCUGUGUUUAAGGUAAAUACACAGUAUAUUCAACAAUAGAAGUAGCACAAAUUUAUACAGAAAUUUAUCACCACACGAAAUAUUUAGGGUUUUCACUAGAAGUAUAAGUCAAUGAAUAUCCGAUUUACAGACAAAACCCAAUACAUAAUAUAUGCAUAGUAAUAUAACAUAUUCAUUUCAUCGGUCAAAAAGUUCGAACUUCUUUUUAAAAGUGCAAGUGUUGAGAUAAGUUUAUUCAAAACAUUGCAAAUUCGCGAAUGCCACAUCAAUUUUUAUCAAUACACUAGUAUACAUAUUCCAAGAAUAUUUUGACUUCUUAAAUUGUCAAUUAUCGUUCAACUGAUAAACAUUUCAAUUCUUUUGCAUGCUUCAUUUUAUAAUUUUAUUUAAAAGCAUACUUCUUUUUCGGACGCAAUGCCAUAUUUUUAAUUUUGCACCAUGUGUUAAUGAGGCUAGGAUUCUUUGGAGCUCUUGCUCAAUAAUUGAAAUAUCAGUGUUGGAUUUAUAGACAGUGGAAUCAUCAGCGUACAUGUCAAUAUUAAUAGUAUUUGAAAUAAGUGCCAUAUUAUUUAUAUAUGGAAUUUUUAUGAAUAGUAAAGGUCCUUAAAUAUAGCAUUGUGGAACUCCAGAAUGUACAGGUAUCUUUUAAGAAUGAAAUUUUAACUAGCAGACUUUAUGAGUAAUAUUUCACGGUCGCCAAGAUUGAAUGUUGUUUGAUGAUAAAGAAAUACAGACCCUACAUAUCUUUCAAGCACGUAUCAAUUAAAAGUGCGGCUGAACGAGUAGAACGAAAUCCUGAUUUUUAUUUUUUUGUAAAAUAUUUAAAAAUACUUUUUUUGUGAAUUGGAAUAACGUAAGAAUCUUUAAAUUUAUCGGGAAUAACAUAAAAGUAUUCUGACUUGACGUCAUUUCAGUACACGCUGUUUUAGACAACAUAUUUUUUUAAAUUUUCGUAUGGAAAGACAGAAAUAUUUAACCCUAGCACAUGCUCGGACAACUGUAUACCUUCCCUGCCAUGUAGGGUAGAAACUUAAAUCUUACACACAUGGUGUAAGAUGAACCUAGUGCUGUAAAUGGCUUAUUACGAACUACAUUCAAAUCGUAGAUUAGUGCAUAUGUUUUAUUUGUCACGUUGAAAUUGAUAGAAAUGAAAUACUUUGAAAUUUCCCCUUUGUUCCUUAUAGUAUAUGAAUCGACUUGCGAAACGUUAUUUUACGUAAAAUACAUCACAUUACACUGUAGAUAUUAAAAUAAAACCGGAAGUUCACAUUGUUGCUUAUGUUUGAAAUCCUGUUUACGGCUGAGAACUUCCCGCACAUUUUACGCCACUGUAAGAAUAGAUAGUGGAUAUUACAUCAAUGUAUUUUCGUAUUAAAUCUAGUUUACGAGUUGAAUAGAAUAAUGAAAUGCAUGGCUCUACCAAGCAUUUUAUCAAUUUUAUUCAACGAGUUUGAUGAAUUAAAAGUGGAAAGACACAAAUGUAAUAUUCUGUUCCACAUGUCAGCUUUUCCUGCUGAAACAUCAAAUUUUGUCUUUCUUGAACUAUUAUAGAUCAAGACAAUUCGACCAACGUCUCCUAUACUUAAAACGACGUGAACUUUAAAGCUUUAUUACACUAGAAUAAUACCAAAUUUAUGUAAUGGCUUUAUUUCACUCCUACGACGUCAAACAUGUGAUAAAGUGCUAUACAAAAAAAUUAUAACCCAAUUGUCAUAUGUUGACGAUUACAUUGGUGUAUUUACUUAGAGGGUAUUGUUCACUAUUAUAAACAUCUUUACCACUAUAUUGCUAAAGGUCAGCCUGUCAGAAACCUACAUUGAGAUAAUAGAGCAAGGAUACUUAAAAAUGCAAGUCAUUUUGGUUUAAAGACCAGCUUUUGCCUUAUUGUUAGCACAGGUGGAGGUAACGUAUCUAGGAUAUAAUAUGGGUCCAUGAGCCAUAUACAUUUAUAUUUGCUACUUGUAUCGCAUAAACCGCGAGAAUUUUCCGCGUAAGUCCAAUGUGACGACGUAAAGUGAACCCUGACAGCGUAAAACUCCAACCAAUAUGGAGUCCAGUUCAGGAAGCGGUUGGCUGAGAAAUUGUAAAUAAAAACGCUUAAUUUAUAAAUAUUUAAUUUUUAGGAGAAUAUACUGCUUUAUCUUUGAAUUAAUGUUUAUCAUACUUAAAGGAAUAAAGUUUAGACUGUCUGCACAUAAACUGCGCAUUGAAAUUGGGAGAUAUGGACAAAAUAGACUUGAAAGAAGUGAAAGACGUUGUAAAAUUUGUGGAACAAAUGAUAUUGAAGAUGAGUUUCACUUCAUUCUGAAAUAUAAAAAAUAGAAAAAUGUUCGAUAACGAUAUAUUGAUAAUUAUUAUUUUGAUCGUCCUAGUGUAUCUAAACUUGUUGAAUUGUUUUCAUCAAAGAUAGUGCAAACCUUGAACAAUUUAGCUUGUUUUAUAAACUGUGCCUUAAAAUAAGAAGUAAGAUAUUGUAAUGUCUUCUUUAAAUAAUAAAAUAAUAACCAGUACGAUUUGAAAAUAUAUAUAUAUAUAUAUAUAUAUAUAUAUAUUCAGACUCGUGUAUGGAUGAAUUACAGUUGCGAGUCCAUUUUACAAUAUAUAUAAAGUUUUUGCUAUCAUGAUUAUUGGUGUACUUUGAUGUACGCAAAAGACGUACUGAACCGCAAUCUGACUAAAGUACUUUAUCUUCAACGAAGAUCUGAGAACGACCCAUUCACAUUCGUCUUCUGUAUAUUUUGGAUUUCCAAUAUUGCUUUUUUUAUUUUUGCAAAUCUAUUUUUAUUUAAACCAAUCAGACGACUUGUUCGAAUGUCAAAGAGUAAGAAAAAUUUGCAGUCAGUCCAAGGUUCGAACCCGGGACCCCUCGCUAACAGAGCAAGUGCCCUACCGACUGAGCUAACCGGCUAUCUGACCUCUUACGACAUAAGAAUUGCAGAUAUCAAAAACCAAGGCUUUUUUAAGCUUGCAGAAUGUUGUAAGUUAGCUUUUGAUUGGCUAGCGGAAGGGUCGUCAGAACGAGGCUUUCAAUAGCUUGUGUUCAGAUCCUAAGCGUAGCGUAAUAGGAUAUGUACUUUAGUCAGAUUGUACUGAACCGAUAACUGAUGCCGUUCUUUAAUAAUCAUAUUGUCACUCUCGUUCACUUAAUUGUCUGUAUUGUAUGGAUGUUAGUUAUUUAUAUAUGUAUAUGUAUACGUGUGACCUUGAUAUAUGAUAUGUUUGUUUAAGGAUGAGGAGCGUAAGCUCAAGUCUAAAAGAAAUAAAAGAUUUGUUCUGUUCUA